AAAAGACAACAAAUCAAGAUGCUCUUCUUCAUCUUUAUCCCUUCUUCAUCUUCAAAGAGACAAAUUGAGUUUUGUAAUCACUCUCUCUCUCUCACACACACACACUAGAACAGAUUGGAAGAAGAAGAUGAUGAUGAGUAAUUUCCAUGAUCAAUAUUUAGGUUAUAACAUUAAGAAACAUCAUGAAUUAGAUCGUGUCGUGGAAGGAGUAGUAAUACUAGAAAAAGAACACAUGUUCGACAAAGUGGUAACUCCAAGCGAUGUCGGAAAACUCAACCGUCUUGUCAUUCCUAAACAGUACGCCCAAAGGUACUUCCCGUACGACACGGCGGCGAACGAGAAAGGGCUCUUGUUAAACUUCGAAGACUGCACCGGUAAGCUAUGGAGGUUUCGAUACUCCUAUUGGAAUAGCAGCCAGAGCUAUGUCAUCACAAAAGGUUGGAGUCGCUUUGUUAAGGAUACCAACCUCCAUGCCGGAGACAUCGUUUCCUUCCAACGAGGUUUCGGUGUUCACGGCAAUAACCGUCUCUUCAUCGACUGUCGUACCCACCGUCCGAUGUUGCCGGAAAUCCUUUAUCCACCUCCCCCUCCUCCUCCUCCCGCCGCCACAUGGGUUCCUUAUAAUAAUUACAAUUAUGGUACAAAUUAUGUUUAUUUGGCUCAUCCUCAAAUUUACAAACCGCCGCCAAUUGGUAGUGUGAACAUAAAUCCGUCGACGGCGGCAAUCGGAGUGAGAUCGGAGGAGGGAAAGCCGGUGGCGAAAAGGCUGAGGUUAUUUGGGGUGAAUAUGGAAUGCACAAUUGAAGAAGAAUCUGCAGAUCAAACCUCCAUUACUUCAUCUUCUUCAUCUUCAUCUUCUUCGGUUCUUGGUCAAGAGAAAACAUUGUCUUUCUUCCACAUGGGUAUAUGAUCAAGUACUUCAAAUCCAAUCUCUGAUCUAAGUUUAGUUUACUUUACUUUGUGAUCUUUAUCUUUUUCUUAUUUGUUUUAACUAUCUAGCUAGCUAGCUAGGGUUUAUUAAUCUCUUGAACAAUUUACAACAUAAUGAAUCACAUGCAU